GCGUGACUGGGCGAUCUUCUGCUUGGAGACGCUCAGGGGGUCCAGGAGGAGGCGUCGAGGACCCGGGGCUUGGGGGGGUGGCCUGCCGGGGGAGCUUGGCUCCCUCGGACCCCAGCCCGCUAAGCGCGGCUGCACGGUGGCCCGGCUCCCACGGGCGGCCGGCGGGAGGCGUCGCCGAAACCUCGGUGAGCUUGGACGGACCGCUCACCCGCCGCCUCGUUUGCCGUCCUUCAGACAUGGGGCGCAGAAAGUCAAAACGGAAGCCACCCCCCAAAAAGAAGAUGACCGGCACCCUAGAGACCCAGUUCACCUGCCCCUUCUGCAACCACGAGAAGUCUUGUGAUGUAAAAAUGGAUCGUGCCCGCAACACUGGAGUCAUCUCUUGUACUGUGUGCCUAGAGGAAUUCCAGACGCCCAUCACAUACUUGUCAGAACCAGUGGACGUGUACAGCGAUUGGAUAGAUGCCUGUGAGGCAGCCAAUCAGUAGCGAUGCAGAGGACCCGCUCCCCUGGCAGCGCCGCCUGCCGUGGACCUGCCCCUUUGGCUGCCAGUCCAGAGACAUUCCAGGGUCCAGGGUGUGGGUCCAGGGCCUUCCCAGCCCUCUACGUAUAUGGAGUGAGUGUGGCUGUGAGUGUGUGCGGUUGUAAGUGUGGCCUUGACAGUGUGCUUGUGGGCAGGGACUGGAGGUGAGGUGGGGUUGUUGGGCCCCCUGGGGGUCUGAAGUGCUUCACUGGGCUCUGAAAGCCUUGAACUUGCUUGCUCCUGCCUGGAACUGGUGUCCUGACCUUCUGGGCAAGGGCAAGGCCAGCAGAGGCUGCCUCAGGACCCUCCAGCCUCCUCAGCCACCUCACCAGCACCUUGCCCGUUUGAACUGGACUGCCCUCCCUCCUUCCCUGCCUUCCAAGGCCUGUGGCCUGAGAUUGAGAGCCACGAUCCCGUAGCCCCCUUGGCCAGGCCCUGGCAGAACAGCCCCUUUUCAUGUUCAGUUGCUUUUGUAGCCGAGGAGGGACUGGGUCGGGGCUAGCUGUCAGCCACAAGCCCUUAAAUAAAGCAGCCGAUGCAAA